GCAUGGUUGAUAUAUAUUACAGGUGUGUGUGUGGUUGGUAUUAAUAGUCGGUCAUCAACUCAGAAAAAAGUACAUCUUUUUCGCACCUCAUGUAUAAUCUCCGAUUACCUCGGCUUCUUGGACACUUACUUCAGCCAAACCCGACCAAACCAGAAUUUGAAUACAAGAGCAGAGUGGUAAUGAAACUGGACGAUGAUUUGGGGCGGGACCGGGGGGAUGAUUUCCAAACCGAUGAUGAAGAAAACGAGGCCGAAUUGGUUUAUGGGGACGAGGACUAUACUGAAUCUGAAGACACAUUUUCCUCACCAAGUCCAUCUGUUAACAACAUUGACCUCAACGAUUCCACUUGGCCUCAGAGCUACAGGCAGUCAAUUAGCAGGUUUACAACUGUGGCCCCACCAUCCCUUAAUUUUUUAAGGAAAACUAGCCUGACAGGAAUGAGCAGCUUUUUUUCCACUGCACAAGAGAGCCCAGAAGCAUCUGAGCAUGGUUCUUUGCUGAGUAAGCCUCUUAUUUCUGAAACAAGUAUAGGCAAAGAAGAAGUGCCUACUUCCAUACUACCUGUGAAAAUAUCUGGAUCUGCCUGCUCAAAGUUUUCUACAAGAAAAUCGCCCCCACCGCAGGAGCAGUGUUCAUUGGCUCAAGCAGUCAUUGAUGGAAUCAAUGUUCUGUGUGGCAUAGGACUCCUUACAACUCCGUAUGCAGUCAAAGAAGGAGGAUGGUUUAGCCUCAUCAUACUUGUGAUGAUGGGUGUCAUUUCUUGCUAUACGGCAUUUUUAUUGAAGCGAUGUUUAGAAAGCUCCCCAGAACUCCAAACUUACCCAGAUAUUGGAGAGGCUGCUUUUGGGUUAGCUGGCCGCUUUGGAAUAGCUAUAGUUUUGUACAUAGAACUAUAUGCUUCUUGCGCGGAGUACAUCAUUAUGAUGAGCGAUAACCUGGCAUCAUUAUACCCAGACACACAAAUCCGUUUUGCUGGAACUUAUCUUGGUUCUCGUCAAGUUUUCUCCAUAACAGCUACUCUUAUUGUUCUUCCAACCGUUUGGCUUCGAAAUCUGAGUUUGCUCUCAUACCUUUCAGGUGGAGUAGUUGCAUCAAUUCUGGUGGCACUUUGCUUAUUAUGGGUUGGGGUGGUGGACCGAGUUGGAUUUCAUCCAUGUGGAACAGCUUUAGACCUUGCAAACAUAUCUGUCUCAAUUGGUAUCUUUAGUUACAGUUUCUCGGGCCAUCCAGUUUUUCCAAAUAUCUAUACUUCAAUGAAAGAAUCAUCACACUUUCGAUCUGUAUUAAUAGCCAGCUUUGUUUUCUGUUUCUUUAUGUACAUUGGGGUGGCAAUAUGCGGCUUUCUAAUGUUUGGUGACUCGGUCAAAUCUCAGUUCACUUUAAACAUGCCCAGAGAAUAUGUUGCUUCCAAUAUCGCAAUCUGGACUGUGGUGGCGAACCCACUGACAAAGUAUGCGUUGACACUUACACCCAUCUCAUUGAGUUUAGAGGAACUCCUGCCCUCGGCUCAGCUUAGAUCUUUUAGUGUAGUGCUUCUCGUCAGAACAAUUUUAGUAUUUUCGACUUUGGUGGUGGCACUGACUGUUCCAUACUUUGCUUCUGUAAUGGCGUUAAUGGGAUCUUUACUUACAAUGUUAAUUACAUUUAUCUUUCCAUGCGCAUGUUAUCUCCGCAUACUCAAAGGUAAAUUGACGAAGUUGCAGUUUGCAAAUUCCAUAAUAAUUUUAAGUGUGGCUUCGGUCUGUUUAUGCAUUGGUACAUAUUCAGCAGUCAUAAGAAUAUCUGAAAAAUAGCCUGAUUGAAGGAAAUGGAUAGCAAGCCUCAAGCUCACACUUCUUUUGCUAAAUGCACCACCAUGCUUUCCGAGGAGAUUCUCAACUAUACUAAACAACUAUAGCAGUGUAAUUCAACAAAAAAAGAUGGACAUGGUUCUGAUGAGUAGCUAAUAAAUAUCUGACAUUGACAAAAAGGACUAGGAGGCUCAUCUAUAGCUCUAUUUUCUUUUAGAAAUUCUACGUACAGUUGUGGAGUGCAUAAA